GUUCCUACUAGCGGUUGAAUGCGUCGAUUCCUAUUGGCUGAUGACGGAGUACUGCGGUCGAGGUGACCUCUUCAGCAUGUUACGUCAGUUGGACAGUGCUUUGAUUAUGACCAGACAUUACAUGCUAGAUGUAGUGAAUGGACUGGAAUGUUUACAUAACAAGUACAUCGCCCAUUCUGACAUCAAGAUGAAGAACAUCCUCAUUACAGAUAACAACAUCGCUAAAAUAGCCGAUUUUGGUUUCGCCAAAAGGUAUUCGUCUGAUGAGGAUGUCGAGAAAAUAAGUCGAGGCACGAGAGACUACUGGGCCCCGGAGAUGCGAGUUGUCCGCCCCUGCUUUAACCCCUUCAAGACCGACAUCUACGCGCUUGGUGUGACAUUUGUGGGGGCGUGCAUCAAGCGGCCCGUCAAACGAAAAUGUGACGACAUCAAGGACAUUGUCAGAAAGUUUGAAGAUCCUGGUCAAGCUUCCCUCUUUCAUGGGCUGUUGAGGAGUGAUCCAAAGAAGAGACUUGACUUCCACAUGAUCAAGGCCAAUUUCUGGCUAACUGAGCAUUUGUCAACGUCCCCGGAUUGAAGAGACAGAACUUACUGCAAGCAAUGGCCAAACGGGAUUCUAGAUUGUA